UUUAUUCUUUUACUCUAUUUCUUUUACUCUUUUAUUAUUAUAUAACAACAUGUUGCCUACACCCGUGAAAACAAACACUUCGAUCUAUGACAGUCUUCCUAACCUUGACUCCUGGUAUGCAAAGAAGGGAGAGGAACCCCACCAAAUUGUGCCUUGCCAUAAACAAAGAACGGCCGUAUCCUUUUCUACUGCUCCUCCUGCUGUCUAUCGUUAUCAAGAGAGGCCCACUCAUCACAGAAGAACAAGCAGCUCAGAACAUGUCAAGGAUCUCUUAAAACAUUACACAAGCAAACUAUCAAGACAACUCAGUCAGAGAUCAUAAUAUUUAUUCCCUUAAUCCUAUCACUACUUAAUUUUAAUUGUAUAUAUAUACUACAACACCCUUUUUUCCCCUUGAUGAGGAAAUCUAAUCAACUUAAUAAAAUUAUUUUCUUACACCAUUUAUUAUCAUGCAA